AUGCUCCAGCAGACGAUGUGCGAUAAAAAUCGGUUGAUACCAGAGACGAAGGGAUCCUUCUUCUCUGGUUGAUACAUGUGAGAUAGUUAUAUAGGCUUCCCGUUAACUCUAUAGUUUGUGUAAAUACGCCAGUCUCUGCAUUAUUGAUUCCCUGGGUAAACAAUUCAGGUUUCUUAUGUUACACGAUGGUGGACGAGGAUGAAAUAUCGAACAGGAACAUCAACCUUGCUAGUGCAGUUUUGAAAUAUCAUGAACCAAGGCUUUUGACAGCGGAAGAUUGCCUUCAAGAUCUAACGGCCAGACAAGACUUGUUAAUGGGGCAGGUGUCAAGACAAACAGAUCGUCUAAGUGACGCCAUUAAGCAUACCCAAGUUUAUGAAAUGAUUACUCAAACAAAAAUUUAUCAGAAUAAAUUACUUCGUCUUCAAAAGGAAAUGAUUGACCUCAGUGAAAGGUCCCAGAAGAUAAAAAGAAGAGCUUUAAAGCUCCAACAGUCUAAACAGCAUGAAGCACUUUUGCGCGAGCAAGCUAAAGAUCGUGAGCUGGAAAGAGAAAAGCAAUUAAUUGCCAGACCUGCUAAAAGAAAUUAACAAAAAUUCAUUGUUAACAAUGAGGCAUAUCUAUAUUUAAUUUCAAAAAUUUUCAUGGUACACUUUUAAAGUCACAUACCUGUUGUAAUAUAAUGCGAUGACGUAAUAAAAAUCUAACUCACGAUAAA